AUGGCGUCGUCGCCGGAGCAUAUCUCUCAUCAACUGGAAAAAUCGGAGCUCUUCUACAACGACCCCAAUUUGGUAUACACAGAUUUGUUCUCGUGGCUCGACCGUGUUCUCCUUCCAAAUGACGCACAAUUUGCGGCAAUGGUGAUGGAGGAGCACUCUCUUCGAAUUGCAGCGGUAUCUGGCUCCUCUUCAUCUUGCGCUGCCACUCUGACGCCGUCCAUGUCAGCAUCUAUUUUACAUCGACUCAAGAAGAUGCAGGAGAAGGGGGAAAAGAAGAGCAACAAGCGGGUCAGAAAGCAAGAACCGGCCCAGAUAGCAAAACAGCAUCAAUUGUUGGAAAAAAAGCAGAAAAUAGAAACCUCGAUGUCAUCCAACGUCCCCAUCUGGACAUCCAUUGUACAUAACAUCAAGAGCCAGUAUUCUUUGAUGGCCAAAUCGAGUAUGAUUAUGCAAGGAAAUGCCAGGAAAGUAGCAUCGCUUGCUUUGAGAGAGGUGCGGCGUACGCAAAUAGCAACUCUGGCCAUUUCAGACCCGCUGGGUACUCAACGCCGCGCAAUGCGGGAUGUAUUGACUUUUUGGCGAAAAAAUGAGCGUGAAGAGAAAGAGCUGCGGCGACGAGCGGAGCGGCAAGCCGCGGAACAGCGUCGCGCCGAAGAGGAGGCUCGUGAAGUACGACGGCAAGCACGCAAACUCGACUUUUUGAUCAAUCAAACGGAGCUUUAUGCACAUUUUAUGGCUCGUAAGCUGGCACCAUCGGGCGAUGUGGCCAAUGGCUCCAAUGAAUUGUCUUCCACCGAUACAGCAAAAAUACCCGUCAACGACACAAUACAAGCACCUGUAUGUGAGGUCUCAACUUUCACUAAGGAAGAUGCAGAAGCCGGCUCAAAUAUGGUGGCCGCCUCCGUGCCAGCGGUCACAGCACCGGGAAUGCUGCACUGUACCCUCAAACCAUAUCAGUUGCGUGGACUUUCUUGGCUGGCCUCACUUUAUGACCAAGGCAUCAAUGGAAUCCUUGCAGAUGAAAUGGGGCUCGGAAAGACCGUACAAUCGAUUGCAUUGCUGGCUCAUCUUGUGGAGCGCCAUGGAGUCCAGGGUCCCUUUCUUGUGGUUUCGCCAGCAUCCACGCUGCACAAUUGGAUGGACGAGCUGGCACGUUUCGUGCCUUCUUUUGUGGCACUGCCGUAUUGGGGGCCCGAUCGAAGGGCAUUGCUCCGCGGUCACGCUUCUGCAUUUCACGUUGUCGUGACGUCGUACCAAAUUGUGGUUUCAGAUGAACGAAUUUUAAGCCGCCUUCCGUGGCGCUAUAUGAUUCUUGAUGAAGCUCAAGCAAUCAAAUCUUCGAGCAGCGUGCGUUGGCGUACGCUUCUGAAUGUGCCUGCGCGGAACCGUCUUUUAUUAACGGGAACCCCAAUUCAAAACUCCAUGGCUGAGCUAUGGGCGCUCCUGCACUUUAUCAUGCCUGGACUCUUCGACUCGCAUGAAGAAUUUGCUUCAUGGUUCUCCAAAGAGAUCGAGCAAGACCCGCCAAGGGGUGCAAGGCCUGCCACCGGCGCCGCUGCUUUUGGGGAUGCAUUCCAGUUGCGCCGGCUGCAUGCAAUUUUGCGGCCAUUCAUGUUGCGCCGGCUCAAGCGUGACGUAGAGAUGGAGUUGGUCGACAAAAUCGAAAUUGAUUUUGUAGUGCCACCCUCAGCACUACAGAAGGUUUUAAUGGCGCAGCUCCGGGCCACCAUGACAACUCGGAGCCAUCGCCAACUAGCAUUACUCAAAAAUGCCGUCAUGCAGGCACGUAAGCUAUGUAACCAUCCAGAGCUGCUAUUGCCUGCCAUCGUUCAGGCGCCGCUGCUUAUCCCAGCUCCAGCUACUGUGGUUGUUCCCCGCCUUCUCCUCGAUGUAUCCAAUUCAUCUAAGCUAUCUAGCUGCAUUGAUACAUUUGGCGCCUUUUUACCGCCACCAAGUAAGGCAUUGGAGACAUGUAGGCUUGCGCCUGUGAAGACGCUCAAGAUUCCUGCUCUUGAGGACUCUUUAAUAUGUUCCAGGCUUUUACGCAGCGGACCUGCAUGGGUAGUUGGAGCAGUGGCACCAUUACCAGCGCUUUCGAUUAGUGGCUCAGCCAGAGGCUUUUUGCAACCUCGCCCCCGCCAUUUGGGAUUAUGUGCUUCACACCCCGCUCACAACAGUGCAAUGUCUGCAUUUCGUACUGCCACUUCGUGCAGUACAAUUGUUCUGCCAUUUAAUGAAGCAAGGUCUACCGCUAACAGCUUGUCAAUUUCGGGACCUUGUCCGCUAGGGCCGCGACUACCGGCUGUGGGCGAGCGUAUCGAAGCAAGCGGUAAGUUGGCUGCUUUGAUAACACUGCUUAACCGUCUCAAGACAGAAGGACACCGUGUACUAGUCUAUUUCCAGAUGACACGUAUGAUGGACAUUGCAGAGGAGAUCCUCUCUUCUCUUUCUUUUUCACUUGUACGCCUUGAUGGCACCUGUCGCAUUGAGGAUCGCCGCGAUCUGGUUUAUGCUUUUCAAACGGAUCCAAGCAUUUUCCUCUUUCUUCUUUCAACACGAGCAGGCGGCCUUGGAAUCAAUUUGACCGCCGCAGACACCGUUGUGUUUUACGAUUCAGAUUGGAAUCCCACUGUUGACCAACAAGCGAUGGACAGGGCGCAUCGGCUAGGACAGACAAAGCAGGUGACUGUGUACCGAUUGAUCACAGCAGGCACUAUCGAAGAGCGUGUGCAGCAGCGAGCAAGGCGAAAGCAUGCAAUUCAGCGCGCCGUCAUCGAGGGUGAGGCGCGUCAUCAGCUUCAAGAAUUGGAAGAACAGGCUGAAGAUGCGUCCAUUGAAGAAAGUGGCGAUGGCGCCGAUAUUGUUGGCGAUGAGGAAGAGCUUGCUGCUCUGCUACUUGACCAGUGA